UGCGACAGGUCGUUUUGAAAACUGAACCUUCCUCGAUACGAAAACUGAAGUGCGUUUUAAUAAACGAAAAAAUAAAAAAUUAAUGAACGGUUUCUUUUUGCUGCUCUAAUUAGACAAAUUAAGAGAUUGUGUCUGUGUUUCGUUGUCGUGUUUUAUUAAAAGGAGUUAUGAAAUUUAAUUUGAAAAUUGUCGUUUAAUGAAAUACCUAGUUAAAAAAAUAAGUGAAUCAUAUCCUAAACAAUUGGACGAUAAUUUUAAAGUCUUCACAAAAUCAAUGCACAAUUUUGGACAAUGGAUUACCAAAUUGUGUUCAAAUGUUCAACGCUUUUGAAAUGCUUGUUAAUAUUUUCAAUUGUCAACUGUGUGCUGAGUAUAGUCAAUCGAGAUUUAGUGCUAACACCCAAACAAGGCCUACAGUUGAGCGGCAAACGCAUUUACUAUGAUGAAAAUGCUGGCGCUGAUGCAACAACGUCCAUCGGCCACAGUGGCCGGAGUAACAGUAGCAGUGAAGCGGCGUCGUCGGUACGGCCAUGGGAGCGUACAUUGAAACAUGUUACAUAUCUAACACUUUUUACAAAUACCCCGAAUGGCAUUAUUACCGGUAAUUUCAGCAAAGUUCGUGAAUACAAUGAAUUUUUACAAUCGCCUUACCUACGCACUCCCAAACCUAUCGACUCACGUUUCGGAGAUAUUGUUACUCUGGCCCAGGGACGUUUGGAAUCACUGACAAACGGCAGCUAUCGUUUUGUUGAAGGCAAUUGUGAUUAUGCUUGUGCCCGAGAAAAUAAAAUGGUUGCAACAUGGCAUGUCCAAAAGAUACGACAUCGGGAUGUGGAUCGUAAAUUUCACUAUGAAAUUAAAUUCAGUGUUAGUCCCAUGACGGCGACACAACCCAGUGAAACUGUGGUAAGAGGUGGACCCAAUAAACGAACAGCAAUGGAUAAUAAUAACAAUGCCCUUCAGCAUAAAUCGAAUAAUAUCCAAACAUUUAUUCAGAAAGAAGAUGACUAUCCGCAUAGUUUUAGUAAAUUGAGAUCAAUCGCUAAUAGUGAUGAUGACGGCUUUGUGGAACGUCGCUAUGAUGGUUCAAGAAAUAUAAGACAGUUUAAUCCAGGUCAACAGCACACACAAAUUACUCCCAUGCCACAAUCCACUUUUCUGCGGGGUAUUUAUCGACCACCUCCUCCUCAGCCUGUGGUGCAGCAUGCACAUCACCCCCACUUGACAAAUUCCGGGCCACCAUUGCCAGAUCAACUGAAUAUUGGUGAAUAUUACAAGGGAAGCUAUGGCCCCAAGGCCUCAUCAAAAAUUGAAUUGUUUCCAAAUUUAUUGACCAUGAUGUUUGGUAAACCUCAUAUUUAUCCCAAAUAUCCAACAACAUAUCGACCGCAUAACGUUGCUGUGGAACAACAAAUACAUUUUCCACGUCCCGAAGCGUAUACAGCACCAGCUGUGGCCACCGUUCCCCAACAUCUACCCUAUGUGCAACAGCAGCAUCAUCAUCCAGAAUUUCCAGCUGGCGGACAUUUUAUCCAUGGUCAGGAGUACACGAAGAUACCAGAAUACUAUCAAUCCCAUGAACAUAUUACCUCGUCCAAAGAAGUUCUAAGUCCGGUAAUAACACAUCACUAUCACCAUCACUUCUUUAUGACGAAUUCAAGUGACAGUGAAGAGCAUAGUUCUGCUGGCAAUCGUAAUGGCGGCAAUGGUGGCGGGAGUGAGGAAGAACAAAAUGUCAAUCCCAACAUUUUAUAUAAGACAAAUGUCCAUGUUGUAACACCCCAACCGGAACAAGCAGUUCAGGUUAGUCAAACGAAUGAGGAACAUAAACCACAUAUCGUUUUGGCCCACCAAAUCUUGCAGCAACAAUAUCAAGUACAACAACAGCAGCAGCAGCAGCUGGCUAAGCAUCAACCACCACAGCACCAUGAACAUCAACAUCUACAGUUUCCCAACACCUCUCCAGCACCACAGAAAUUUGUUUUCCCUAUUGCUGAAAUAGAACAACACCGGGUGGUGCAUGUAACACCCGUACCACCUUUACGUAAACCACAAUAUCAACAACAUCACUAUCAGCAGCCCUAUGUCCAGCAGCAAUACUCUACAGCUCAUGCUCCCAUUGCAAUUUAUCCGGCUCCUGUAGAAGAACAAGAUAAGGCAGAUAUUCCCACACCGCGUAGUAAACCUUUUAUACAGAGUCAGCCAAUGGAUGAAGAGCCCAUACGUUAUUCGGAACCUGAUCCCUUAUAUGCCAAUGUGGAUGAACAUCAAGAAGAUCAGGUAACCUAUGUUCCGGUACCAGAAGAGGAGGAAUCUCAAGAGCCCCAGUUGGAAGAACCUCAACAUUACGAAAAUCAUCCAUUCCAGGAAACAGAAAGAACAGAUGAUACUACAAAACAACAUUCUGAAUCUAUAGAAGCUCAAGUUCCGGCGCCACAGCAAGGUUAUGCGGCGAAAAAUUCCUAUGAAACCAGUCGUCAUGACAAUGAGGACAAUAUUGAUACUGACAACGAAGAACAUGAAGCCAGUACCCAUCAUCAAGGAACUCAAGAAUAUUUGGAAGAAAACACCAGUCAGUCCACAACCACCACGAAAGCUUCUACCCAUAAAUCCACAGAUAAUAACAUUGACACCGAAACGGAAGCUAAUAAAGCAACUCUAGCAGCAACCCCGAAACCCAAACCCUUGUCUGUCAGAGGCAAAAGGGUACGGGUUAAAGUCACAAAACUCACUUCAAGUACUACGACCAAACCAAAACUGUUUUCAACCCGUGUAACAACUGAAAAGGAAAUUCUAGCCACAACUCCCAUUUCAACAACGAGCAGCAGCACUGCAAACUCGCUCAAAGAACAAAAACAAUUCAUAUCCACAUCGACCACAGAAAGUCCUUUGAAAUCCCUGAGCCGUUAUCGUAAUACCAACAAACGUCUAACCUUCACCACAACGACAACUGAAAAGCCGGUCUUAAAAUGGAAGCCAAGACGUAAAGAGGCCACGGCCAAAGCCUUAAGUCUAAAGAAUUUUGGAAAACAAGCAGCAUCCGAGCAAAAAAAUCAGGCAACCAUUCGUGAGGUAACAAAGGCGAAUAAUAUCGAUCCAAUAGUUUCCACAACGGAAACACAACAACCCGACAAUACUCUGGAUAAUGUUUCAAUGCUGGAGACAACCUCCACCACAAUGUCCUCGCUAAUUGUAGAUGCCUCAUUGCCGCCAGCCACAACAAGUGUCUCGGAAACUUACGAAGUUUUGACACAAAAAUCGAUUAGCUAUAAAGUUGGAGAAAAUGGCGAAGAAAUUCCACUUCUAAUCAAUGAUUCAGACAAUGAAGUGAAAGCUUUGUAAAAAAAAAACCCAAAAGUUUGAAAGCAAAACUGGAGGGUUUUUGGAAUUUGAGAGUAUUCUGUAAAUAUAAUUUUUCUUAAUAAUUUUGUGAAUUUUUAAAGCAACGAACGAAUAUUG